AUGAAUUCAAAGUUCUGGCUGACAACCAUGUUUCUGAUGUCCCGGAUUGGUGUACUCAACGCUAACAGCCGAUGUCAUGUAACUGAAAGCUCCAUCAACGGAAUGUACCUGAAAGGUCACGUGUUUAAAAAGUAUUGCGAUCUGUUGCCUAGAGAAUGUUAUUUCCGGUGUGAAGAAGAAGUCACGUGUCAGAGUUACAAUAUCAUCAUUGGUCAAAACAUCUGUGAACUGAACAAUCGUACAAAGGAAGCAAGACCGGAAGAUUUUAUGCCGGAUGAGAGAAGAUUUUACAUGAAGCGUUCUAGCAACAGAGGUACCUUUUACGUUUCCUCGACUAACUUUUUGCAUUUUCGUCUCUGGGCAAACUUGUUUUUUUAAAUUUUUUCAUUCACGAUUACAGAAAACUCAGAGAAACAAAUUUUUAUAUUUUAUAUAUUUCCUAUGGCGAGCCUUUUGAUGAUUCAAUUUCGGGGAUUGUUUCAAUAUUGGUAAAGCAUUUCAAAAUACAGAGACAAGUCAAAAUAAAAGUGACGACGUUUUGGAAUCAUCGUCUCAUCAACGUCAUCUUGGGAAGAUAAUAUUUGACUUAACUAUGAAGCCAAGCAACUGUUUUCUUCAGUCACCUUGAAAAUGGUUUAGCGAUGAUACCGAAAUGUUGGCUUGUUUCACUGCGCUAUUGUAACUAUAAUAACCCUAUGCUGUCUUCCAUCUCAUUUCUUAGUCUAGAUCUAAUAGAAUUAGCACAGUUUUUAUUUCUUUCUGCUUUUACGCAGGCAGGAAAGGUAGGAGGUUUUUUUUCCUCUCCUGUCGCAUUAGGAGGUAUCGAACUGCAAGAUGGUGUAAACUUCUUACAUGAAAUUCGUUUUUUCUGUCGUAGUUCCCCUCGGAUCCAUCAAAGAGCUUCCGGCGAAAACCUGUGGUGAGAUUGAAGCAAGUGAAGGGAACCAGAUAGCUGACGGGAAAUACUGGAUUUACUCUGAAGAAAGUAGCGAGGUCAUCGAGGCCUAUUGUAAAGGUAAAUUGUUUGACUAAAUUAGUGGACUCAUUAAUAAUAAUAAUAAUAAUAAUUUAUUACUCAUAUAGCGCAGAAUACAUGUGAAUAUAAUCUAACGUGCUAUACAAUAAAACUAUGCAAAAUAAAGUAUGAAAACGAACUAUAAAAGGCUAAGAAUAUACAAUAUGACUAACUAAAAAAAAAGGUAUGAAAACGAAACAUAAAAGGUCAGGAAUAUACAAUAUGACUGACUAAAAAAUACUAAAACGAACUAUAAAAGCAAACAUGAAAAUGCCUGUCUAAAGAGAUGUGUUUUUAGAAGUGUUUUAAAACAAUUAGGAGCAUUUACUGCUCUUAUAUUUGAUGGCAAUCUAUUCCAAAGUUUAGGAGCAGAUGCCAUAAAUGAUCUAUCACCUAAAGUUUUCUUAGUUAUGAUCCUGGGUGGAAAUAAUUGUGGUUCAGACUGAGAUCGUAACAUCAUACGUCCGAAUUGUUGCUUAACGUUAAUUAGAUCCGUAAUGUACUGAGGUUUCAGCCCGUGGAUAGCCUUGAACGCUAAAAUAAGUGAUUUAAAUUCAGUUCUGAAACAGACAGGUAACCAAUGCAAGGAAAACAAAGUAGGAGUUAUAUGACAAGAACGAGAAAGGGAACAAAAAAAUCGGGCAGCACUGUUCUGAAUACGUGGUAACUUGUUGAGAUGUGCGGUUGGUAGACCAUACAGCAAACCAUUGCAAUAAUCAUUACGUGCGGUGAUGAAUGCAUGAACGAGUGUUUGUGUGGAGUCUUUAGUUAAAGAUCAUCAUCCCACUGCCUCCUUAAAGUGUUAUCCUAUUCCGACUUUUUUUUUUUAAACUUACCAAAAUAAUAUCUUGUCUCAGUGUUUCUGCAGAUAAGUGAAUUACAGUAAAAAAAGGUUUGUUUUAAUUAAUUCCAAUAGAGAUAUAAACGCGGAGAAGAAGAUUAGUCAAUGACAUGAAUUGUUCUUUCUCUUAUACAAAAUUGUUUUAAUGGCGAAUGGGAAUAGAUUACAAUAACUAUAUAUCCAGGUCACGACGCCGAAAAGGACAAUGGUUUACCUUUUUUAUCACUGGAAUUUAUCUUACAAACGGCUGUCACCCUAGUACCAUUCGAAAAUGUGUUGGCCGAAAGUAGCUAUUUUUUUUAAUACAGUUUAAUUAACUUUAAAAACUAUCUACCUAUCCUAUAACUUUAUCUUAGAGAGCUGGCAAAAGAUAAAUGGCGAAGAACCCGUCUGCUUUGGAGCCAAAGAUAACCAAUAUGGUUCCUUCAACAUGACAAAGAGUGGACGAGUGAAAACAAUGAAGCUUAUUCACCGGUGCGCUGCGGCAAUUAUAUUUCAUCCUACUGGGGCUGCACCUACUCAGGAUAUGGAGAAGAUUUGA